AUGGGCCAGCCCACUGCAUCCUCAUCGAAUCAUCGUCACCCUCGUCUUUGGGGUUCUCGAGUCGGUCCUGGGGUAGACACUCGACGAAGACGCGACGACGCAGGCCUGGCAGCCGUAGUACUGACGAUGGGGGACCCUGGCAAGGCAGUCGAUGAUGUACAUUGUCUGGUGUUUGGCAGCGGAUGGAGUCUGCAGUAA